AUGAGCUCGCCGUCAUCGACAGCGUCCGACUCGACACCUCCGUCGCCUGCAUCAUCGGCUACUACGCUGGCCGCCCUGGGUGAUUUAUCGCUCAAAGACCCUGCGUCCAUAUCUGACAAGGAUAAAGCCGAAGCAGCGAGACUCAAAGCUGAAGGGAAUGCACAGUUUCAAAAAAACCAGUUUGCCGAGGCAGCGCUCAAAUACUCCGAAGCUCUCGAAUAUAACCCAUUUGAUGCAACCUUGUAUUGCAACCGCGCCUAUAUGAGAAUGAAGAUUGAACAGCAUGGAUACGCGAUUGACGAUGCAACUAAAGCAAUCGCCCUUGAUCCCAAAUACGUCAAAGCAUAUUACAGACGAGCUGUGUGUUAUUUGGCGAUCUUGAAGCCCCAACAGGCUGUUACGGAUUUUAAGAAAGCUGUACAACUGGAUCCCAAGAAUGCGAAUGCCAAGACACAAUUGGAUGCGACCGUCAAGUUGGUUCGAAGGAUAGAGUUUGAGAAGGCUAUUGAAGUCGGAGAGGAAGAGUCUUCGGUCACUCGCUGUAGGGAGAUAAUCGCUCAAGGUGGCUGCGAUGUCGACGCCUCGUAUACCGGAAUCAAACUCCCCACUGAUGCGGAUGGAAAAUACACCAUCGACCAAGCCUUCAUGGAUUCAAUGAUUGCGACAUUCAAAGACGGGAAGAGCAUACAUCGGCGGUAUGCGUGGGAGAUUGUACUCGCAUCUUGGGAUCUACUGAGCAAAGAGGAGUCGUUGGUCGAGCUUCAACUUGAGGAAGGAGUAGAUUGCGACAUAAUUGGGGAUACCCAUGGUCAAUUCUACGAUCUCGUUCAUCUCUUAUCGUUAACCGGUCCACCAAGCGAGAAGCACUGUUUAGUAUUCAACGGGGACUUCGUCGACCGAGGCUCCUGGUCCGUCGAAGUUGCGCUGACGUUGUUUGCUUACAAGUGGCUCUAUCCAAAUCGGGUAUUUUUGAACCGAGGGAAUCAUGAAACUAAGGACAUGAACAAGGUAUACGGAUUCGAGGGCGAAGUUAAACACAAACACGGAGAGAUGACUUAUAAGCUUUGGGCAGAGGUGUUUACAGCUCUGCCUCUGGCUACCUUGGUUUCCCCCUCUCUCCCACCCAUUGAAACAGGAAAGGCAACAGCUAUUCUUUCACCCGAAGGUCGUAAGCGAUUCUUCAUUGUUCACGGAGGCCUGUUUUCUCGCGACGAUGUCACAUUGGAAGAAAUCAAGAAGAUCCCGAGGAUCGGAAGGCAGCCCGGCAAUGAAGGACUUAUGUGCGAGUUGCUGUGGACAGAUCCCCAAGAAGCGAAUGGCCGGGGACCUAGCAAACGGGGAGUGGGACUAGGAUUUGGCCCUGACGUUACACGAAAGUGGUGCGAACUUAACGGUGUGACGGGGAUCCUUCGCUCGCACGAAGUUAGGCAAGGAGGAUAUGCCAUCGAACAUGACGGGCUUUGUACCACCGUAUUUAGCGCUCCUAAUUAUGUUGAUCAGGUUGGAAACAAAGGCGCGUAUGUUCGCAUCGACGCACGAGGAGAGCGAUCGUACUUCACGUUCGAGGCUAAGCCCCAUCCACCAAUAAAACCUAUGGCAUAUGGGAAUGCGGGACUAGAAUGCUGGGAAAAGGACGACGAUUAUGGAGAAGAUAUAGGGAAGGCAGAAAUUGGCUAUUACCAAAACUACACGAACAAGUACAAGUUUAUCAUGGUGGUCUAUUACUUGGCCCCACUGGCGGCUACGGAGUCUAAUUCGACUCCCGAACCAACCGAGCUCGCCAACGGCAAGCGCUUCCAACCCAUUAUCGACCUCGGUCAUAAACCAUUCUUUGGACCCGCCUCGUGA